AUGGUGGGCUUGUCCAAGAAGUCUCUCCCUGAGAUUGAGAAGAUCUUCAUGAUCCUGGACCAGGACAAGAGUGGCUACAUCGAACAGGACGAGCUACAGUUGAGUCUCAAUAUAACAGACAUGUCUUCCAGGGAACUUGAACCCAUGAUCAAAACAGCAGCUGAUACUAAGCAGAUCAUACCAAUCAUUAUUUUUCUUUGGUUUCUCAACAAAUGUUGCCUAAUACAAGUACUUCUGAUCCGUUAGAUGGAUACAACCAAACACACAAAACCUCUACUGUACAGGGUACUGCAUGUAAUACUACUUUAAUGUUUUGUGUUUCAUGUUUUUGUGUGUGUGUGUUAGACUUUUCCUCCAGAACUUCUCUAAGGGGGCUCGUCCCCUGACAGCGGCUGAGACCAGAGCCUUCCUCCUGGCUGGGGACAAGGACGGGGACGGAAAGAUAGGCUGGGACGGUAGGGUUACUAGGCAACGAGGGCCGGGGCCAGCCGUUAACAUUUAUGAUUCUAGUGGAAAUUUAAGGAUUACUGGGUCAGAAACCUAGUUUGGAAAGUGGUUGGAAAGUAAUUCAAUCUCUACAUUCUGCAUUUUGAACAUUAAUGAGCACAUUUUAUUUUUGGUUUGUUUGUGUGUCUCUUUCAGAGUUCUCCAACCUUGUCAUGUCUUCAUAAAGAGAUGGAGAUGAAGAAGAUGUUUAUUUUUGACAAUCUUUUAAUUUGAAGGCAAGCUGUACAUGGUCUGCUCAGCGACUUCUUGGGUUGGUCCAGCCGCUGUCUGUCAGUACUAGUACAUUUUACAUUUUAGUCAUUUAGCAGACGCUCUUAUCCAGAGGGACUUACAGUUAGUGAGUGCAUACAUUUUUCAUACGGGCCCCCCGUGGGAAUCGAACUCACAACCCUGGCAUUGCAAGCGCCAUGCUCUACCAACUGAGCUACAGGAGGCCUCUGUAGUAGUGCAAUAUGCUGUUGUUUCGACAAAGGAAAAUAUGAUAUUGUAAACCAAUACAAAUAAACAGUAUUUGGCUUAACCCUUGCCUCGCCUGCAGCUGUCUUUCCCUGACGGAAAGUAUGUAAAUAUAUCUGGGUUUGACCAUAGAUAUUAUAGCACCUGUCUUCAUAUGACAGUAUGUGACGUAUCCUAACCAUGGCAUUGACAGGCUGGUCCUUGCAUGAAUAUGAGCAUGUAGCCCAGGGUAAAGAGUCAAGUCAACAAACGUCUGUAUUCCUCUCAUGCGUAUCCAACUGCAGUAUAUCAUCCAGACCAAGUCAUUUUCUCCUUAUGGUUAUAUGAAGGGCAGACGAGGGAUUAGCUUUCUUGCUAUAAACUGAUAGCUUGGGAACCUUUCAACUGUCAAGAAGAUCAUGUAUAUUUUUCUAUCAACAACAACAACUUUUAACAUGUUUAAAUGAGACUGCGCUAGUAUGGAGGUGAUUUAUAUUGUUUACAAAUAUGACAAGCACAAUAUCAUCUAGCAUAAGAAUCUAUGCAAAAUAAUGAUACAUUAGAAAAUCAAAGCCUACAUCACAAGAAUAUAGCAAUUAGCAUAAGGCAUAUACACUAGAGUACAUUAUGGUUAAUACUAUAAUGUACAUUAGCUUAAAACAGUUACAUUUUUAUAUAAAUCAUAUAAAACAAAAUGAUCUGAUUUGACAUAUACUAAAUGGUUCAUAUCUGGUUUAUGAUCUGAUACUUAUUCUAUACAUUCAGAAACUCACUGAGGUCCCCAAGAGUCACAUUGCCCUGAUUGCAGAUAAGGGGUCAUAUUACAAAAAAAUAUGCAUUGCAGGCAUUUUGCCUCCAAGAUACAGUCGAAUGAGUAGAUCAGCUUGGCACCCAAAAAUGCCUGUCUUGCAUUUCACCAAGGACUGCAUGCAUAUCCUUAGUUGAACGGAUAAAUAUAGAACAAUUUGACUACUAGACACAUUUUUUCAAAACUAACCCUAAGCAUAUGGUGUGCGUUACACCUUGAAGGGCGAGAGUAUAUAAUGUGGGAGCUAGGGGAGUAUUGCUUCAUCCGGCCCUACACUGAGAUACAGCCGCCUCCUCGUCACUAAUCCACUAAUCUUCCAAAGGUGAGUUCCCUCAACCGGACUGAUGUUCUAAUUUACUGACCGCCAAUGGUUUUCAACAUCAACAACAUGCGAAGAUUUUUCUUUACUACCUCCACGGAAUAAAUUCAAUCAAAAUGAAGAGGGAAACGUCUCUAUCUGGAAUGCGUUUGGAGUUGGAGGCAAACCAAUUAUAAUAACAUGGGACUUCAAGCGUUUACCUGAGAGAUGGAGAUGGAGGACUUAUGCCAUGGUUUUGUCGCACGAGGAAUGUCAGUUCGAGGACCACUCUGAAUGAUGCUUACAGUCACUGGCAGACAUGUCUUACUCAAUGUUUCUUUCUAAACCAAUGCUUGUUCUCCAUCUAAAUGACCAUGGAUGGACCUUCAUGACAGUGAAAGUCCUAUGUGAAUCUUUUAGUGUGAUUUAGAGCUAAAGGUCAUGGGUCACAGCAUACCACUGUAUGGGCGUCGGCCUACUGUAGUUUCUUGCAUUGGGGCGCUCUGCCUUUGAGCACAGAGGAGCUAAGUUUGGAAUGUAAACUUGUAGGCUACAGAUAACACAGACCCAAUGCUAUUUCUUAUCCAUUUAAAUCCAUUAAUUAUCUAAACAAUUAGUUAAUUAAUUAAAGAACAUUUGAGAAAAGGUCUAUCUACAUAUAUCUAUAAGCCUAAGACAAUUUUCUUGACAAUAGUUGUGGUUAUCAGAGUCAAAAGAUAGUCUAUUAGUGGGCCUAUGAUACAAGAUAGUCUAUUAGUGGGCCUAUGAUACAAGAUAGUCUAUUAGUGGGCCUAUGAUACAAGAUAGUUUAUUGGUGGGCCUAUGAUACAAGAUAGUCUAUUAGUGGGCCUAUGUAUUUACUGUUAAAUAUUAAUGUUCAUGACUUUGAAAAUGUCUUUCUCUCUCUCUGCUAUCUUCUCUCACUUUCUCGCUCUCCAUUUCUCAGAAUCUAAAAAUGGCUUUCAAGGGAAUGCUUAAGGAUGAGGAUAUCGCUGCUGCCCUCAAGCAUUGUGCAGGUGUGCUGAACUUUAUUGAUUUAUGACGAUCAAUGACAGUGAAAGUGAAAUGACCCAUAUUGACCAGGUUUAGUCAUCCAUGAGCAGGCUGUGAUGUUGAAAUGACCACUGGGUUUAUCUCUCACAGCUGCUGAGUCCUUCAAGCACAAGGAGUUCUUCACCAAGGUUGGCCUGGCUGGCAAGUCUACUGAGGAUUUGAAGAAAGCCUUCUACUUCGUUGACCAGGACAAGAGUGGCUUCAUUGAGGAGGAUGAGCUCAAGUAAGUCUCAUGUUGAUCAAGUUGAUUCAGUUGCCAAAGGCUACCUUACUGUACAGUACAACGCAACACCACCCUUGAAACUGAAAUUAAUACCAGUGCAUAUCUUGACUAUUCCUUGCUCUCUACUCACCAAGUAUCAUAUUAAUUUCACUGCAUAGGAGUAACUUCAACUGAAAUGAACACCAGUAACCUACAUAUUUCGGCGAUUCCCUUCUGACUAUUCUGAUGAGGCCGGAAAUGUAAAUGUUUUCAACUAAAAUAGAUCCAAGGGUCAAUUCAAGGGUCAACUACAUUUUAAUUCAACUAAUGAAUUCAAAUGUCAUGAAUUCACAUGGGAAAAUAGCACACAAUUUUCUCAAAAUGCCUCCUCCCUCUCUCCCUACUCCCUCUCCCUCUCUCCCUCCCUCUCUCCUCCCUCUCUCCCUCCUCCCGCUCUCCUCCCUCUCUCCCUCCCUCCUCCCGCUCUCCUCCCUCUCUCCUUCCUCCCUCUCUCCCUCCCUCCCUCUCUCCUCCCUCCUCCCUCUCUCCCUCCCCCCUCCCUCUUUCCUCCCUCUCUCCCUCCCUCCCUCUCUCCUCCCUCCUCCCUCUUUCACUCCCUCUCUCCUCCCUCCUCCCUCUCUCCCUCCUCUCUCUCUCCUCCCUCCCUCUCUCCUCCCUCCUCCCAUCUCUCUCUCCUCCCCCCUGCCUUCUCUUCCCUCCUCUCUCUCUCCUCCCUCCCUCCCUCUUUCCCUCCCUCCUCCCUCUCUCCCUCCUCUCCCUCCCUCCCUCUCGUCCUCCCUCCUCCCUCUCUCUCUCCUCCCUCCUCCCUCUCUCUCUCCUCCCUCUCUCCCUCCCUCUCGCCCUCGGCCCUCCCCUCCUCCCUCUCUCCUCCUGCUCUCCCUGCCCUCCUCCCUCUCCUCCCUCCCUCCUCCCUCCUCCCACUCUCCUCCCUCUCUCCCUCCCUCCUCCCCUCUCUCCUUCCCUCCUCCUGCUCUCCCCUCCCUCCCUCCUCCCUCUCUCCCUCCCUCCUCCCUCUCCCCUCCCUCCCUCCCUCCUCUUCCUCUCCCUCCCCUCCUCCUCUCUCCCUCCCUCCCUCUCUACCUCCCUCCUCCUCGCUCUCCAGGCUGUUCCUCCAGACCUUCUCUGCUGGUGCCAGAGCUCUGACAGAUAAAGAGACCAAGGCCUUCCUUGCAGCAGGAGAUGUUGAUGGUGAUGGCAUGAUCGGAGUAGAUGGUAAAUAAAUAACUUUUGCACAUUUCAAUCAAACUAUCAAGUUAACAGUAACAAGUAACUACUUUUAGUAAUGCGUAACUAUUUUUAGUAACGCGUAACUACUUUUAGAUGCCAUGUAGGAAUGAGGAUUUUAUGAGGUGUAUUUUUUAACAGUUCUCAUGAAGACCUGCCUUGCAAUAACUGGUGUUGUUUCCUCCUUGUUUCCACAGAGUUCGCCACCUUGGUGAAAGCAUAAGUCAUCUAUCAUUGGCUCGGUUUUCAUAGAACCACAAAUCUGCUGUUGAGGUUUUGUCCUGGCCUGCUGCCUGUCACAUACUGCAUCUUUUUUAUAUUCAUUUUAUUUAUGAAUGUCGCCCAGACUGUUUUGACUGUAACCCCACGCCCCCAAAGCGUGUUGACUGUUAUGUUUUUAAAAUAUGUCUUAUGUUCGCAUUCAGCCGGUGUGCAAAAGUUUACCACCAUGCUUUUGCACUUUUUGAAAAUGGAAAUAAAUUCACAUU